GACCCCGUCAGGCCAGUGCAGACAUCCCGACACGUUCUCGGACAAAGGAGGAAGCGUUUCUCCUCUCUGCCUUCUCUGCUCCAAAAUCAAUGGCGACCGAAGAGGCGGCGGACGACGAGUGGCAGUACGUUCACUCCCCCGAUUCUCCGCCGCCUCCCCGCUUCCCCCGGCCUUCUUCGAGCUCGACCCGACGGGACGCCAACGACGGCGUCGGCGGCGGCGUCGGCAGAGACGACUUCCUCGGACUCCGACACCAUCCCUCCUCCUCCGUGUUCCCUUCCCUCCACCACGAUGGCCUCGACCGUCUCCCACCACCACCGCCACCACCACCUCAACCCACUUCACCUCCUUCUUCCUCGUCUCCGUUGUCGCCAUCGUCGUCUUCCUCCUCGCCUACUCCUCCUCUUAACGGGACGGAGAUUGAGCCGCCGCCGUCGCCGCUGCCGAGCCGUCCGCCGAGUGGAAUCCUCUGGUCCGGCGUCUACGGGAUUGCUUCGAGAGUCCGCCACUGCGCGCUCCUCGCGGGGGGUUUCUGGUCGUUCGGCUCUGCUGCGGCGGCGGCCGGAGUGGCGGCGGUAAUCCUGCUCUCGAUGGCGUACGCGAGAAUGCGGAGCAGGAGGAGGCGGUGGUGGUGGAGCAGGGACAGAGUCCCCGUGGCGGAGGCGAGCGAGAACCCCCUCCUCCUCCUCAUCAGAGACAAGGACCAGAAGAUCAGUCAACUCCUGCUUCAAAUUGCACAGAUGAACGAGCUCAUGUUAGCUCGGCGGCAGGUUCAGGUGCUUCGAGUCGAUCGUUAAUGCUUUUCAUCUCUCAUCAGUCAUCUCUCUGGUGCCCUCGCUCCUUAAAGCUGCUCCAAGCUGCAUAAGAAUGGACGUGAAAAUGCGAGAAUUUUUGGCUUCUGUUUAUACAUAUAUGUAUGGAGGGAAUACACUUGAACUGCUUAAUGAGUACUGAUUCUGUAAAGACAAAUGGUGACUGCACCAAUCUAAUAUUCUAUUAGUCUGAUCUGUGGAAAUUCCAUCAUUUUGCGGUG